AUGCGUUCCCCCCUCGAGCUCGCCGACCUGGCGCUGCACGACGCUUUCGUUCAUGACAGCGACGUUGCACUUGCGGCCGGCGAAAGGAAGAUAACCAUCAUGUUGCCGCUUGUCCUGCUGACUCUCUCUUUGGCAAGGGGGUUGGCCCAUGAAAGUGCUUUCGUCACGCCGGGGGUGAUGCCUCAGGGGCACUGCAACUGUCCAUCGAGAACAGCAGACGCACGAGGGUCGCUCUUCAUGAACAAGGGUUUCGGCGCGGCGAAGAAGAAACCACCGAGGAAAAAGCCUUCCAGGCGGAGCGGUUUCGCCUACACGGGGGAGCUCCGGCCGGGGACCCAGAGCCCAACACGGCCGGUGCCGCCGGAGAUUGGCAGGCCUGACUACGCGGUGGAUGGCAUCCCAAAGGGCAAGAGCCCGAUGCUGCCGUGGAUAGUCGAGGUUAAGAACGAGGCGGAUAUCGCGGCCAUGAGGGCGGCGGGGAAGGUCGCGAGAGAGGUGUUGGACCUAGCCGGGCAGGCCGUGAAAGUGGGGGCCACGACGGAUGAGAUCGACCGCGUGUGUCACGAGGCGGCGGUGGAGAGGGGGGCGUACCCUUCGCCGCUCAAUUACCAAGGGUUCCCCAAGAGCUGCUGCACCAGCAUCAACGAGAUCAUCUGCCACGGCAUCCCGGACAGCACCGUGCUGGAGGACGGCAUGAUCGUGAACGUGGACGUGACGGUGUUCUACAAGGGAUACCACGGGGAUUGCUCGGAGAUGUUCUUGGUCGGGGAGGUGGACCAGGCCGGCAAGGACCUGGUUAAGGACACGUACGACAUCUGGCAGCAGGCCAUCGCGUACUGCAAGCCGGGGCGGCACUACAAGGGCAUCGGGGGAGUGAUCGAGAAUUUGUGCACCGCAAAGGGCUACACUACCGUGCCAAAUUUUUGUGGGCACGGCAUCGGGAAGCUGUUCCACACCAACCCGAACAUCCUCCACUACAAGAACAACGAGUCCAACGGCAUCAUGAAGGAGGGGCACACGUUCACAAUCGAGCCGAUGAUCUGCGAGGGAACCGCCAAGAGCGUGAUGUGGCCAGACAAGUGGACGGCGGCCACGGCGGACGGAAGGAGAACAGCGCAGUUCGAGCACACGUUCCUCAUGACGGCCGACGGAGCCGUGCCUUUGACCGGCAAGCUCGACACCUCUCCGAGACAGUUCUGGGAGAAAUGA